AUGCCGACCAAUUAUCAUCUCCAACAAACCCUUCAGUCCUCACAUGCUGCAGUCUUCUGCUUAGCCGUCACUGAAAAGGGAAACUUUCUGGCCAGUGGAGGCUCCGGCGGAACUUGCCUCUGGGAUCUACGAAAUGACAGGCUUUUAAAGCGGCCAAGUGCUGCAGGAUCGCGGGGCAACACCACUGCAAUGAUUUGGAUAAGAAGAGAGGACGACUCUGAUGAAGUGCUCGUGUAUGGAACACUGAACGGCUACAUGGCAUGUUGGAAGCAGGCAAAGAAUACCACUGAUUUCGAAGAGCUAUAUGUUCUGAGGAUGGUGCAUCGAGUUGAUGGGAACAUGCAGUUACAUGGCGUUUUCUCGGUGACCGUCAACAGCUUCAAUCCCAAAGCCGUCCAUUUUCAUGUGAAUGGUGACAGUAGGGAUGUCGUUGUAUUUGGCUGCCAUAACGGGAAAAUCUAUUUCCUCAGAGGCGCUUAUGGGAAUAUCAUGGAGUCAAUUGAUACAGGCGGAAUGAUAUGCCCAAGAGGGAACACAGCUAUGGACUGUGAGAAGGAUGUCUUCUGCCUAGAUGACCCUGCACAAGACGUCGCACUGUACCAGCUGUCAGAUGGAGUAAGGGUCAAAACCUUCCCUAUCGGGGCUACCAAGGUGCCGCGACCUCGACAGGUUGCAUUUGCCGAGAACUGCAGGGCGAUAGUAAGCGGCAGCGACCACGGCAUUGUAUACGUCUUCGAGAGGAGAGACUCGAAUGUGCACCAGUUGGACACAGGCACGGAGGACCACAUUCAAACUGUCACGGCAGCAAACAUUGAUGGCAUUUCUACCAUCAUUGCCACGUGCUCGAGAGACAUCGGAAAGCCGAGUAGGAUCUUCAUCUGGACGAACUCAGGUCAGCCGGUGGCAGAGAAAGCUACAAUGGAGAGCUGGCUCACCUGGAAAUAUAUUCAAACCAUAUGCAUCAUCCUGCUAGCUAUGAGCUUCCUCUAUCAGCAUUUUACGCUGUUACGAACACUGCAACAGCGAAAAGCCAGUCUAACAGACGAAGGAGCGGAUAGUCGUCGUUUCAUGGAAAGAAAGUAA